AACUGGAGGCAAAGAUGUUAGCCACCAGAAGUGCCCAGGCCUCCCAGAAAGCCCAGCUGGAGAAACACAGAGUGGAGACAAAAAGGAUUGGUGCUGUCCUCAGAAAGGCAUAUGCUCUGCAGACGGAGUACAGCCGCUUGCUGGAAGAGAAGAACUCCCUGGUGGAGAACAUGGAAAAAUCCAGAGCCUCCUAUGAGGUUGACAUUGACAAUUUAAAAAAGGACAAUAACCAGCUGACAGCUGCUGUGACGGAUGCAGAGAGACAGAUGAGGACUAAACAUCUCCAGUGGCUCAAUGAGAGAUUUUCCCUCCUGGACAAACUUGAAAAAUCCCAAAACAACUUUCACAACUUCCAACUGAAACUCAAGGAAGAAAAAGAGGCCCUCCAAGUUGUGGAAAAAGAGCACCGCCGCUUGCUGCAGGAAAAACAGCUGGAGUUGGAGUCAACAGAGCGCUAUAUGAAGGGUGAGCUGGAAGAGCACCGCCGCUUGCUGCAGGAAAAACAGCAGGAGUGGGAGUCAAAAGAGUGCUGUUUGAAGGGCGAGCUGGAAGAGAUCAAGAACCAGCUUUCUCAAAAGACAAAGAAGAAGAAGUGGUACAGAAGAUUAAUCUAAUCUAAUCCUGACUCCACAAUGGCUCCACAAUUCCACGAUCAGCAAGAUAAAAUGAAAUCAGAUAAUUUUGUACUUUUACAGAAAAAGUAAAUGGAGGGCCAGCUGAAACAUCUUCAUCCACACAGACUGUAACCCUUGCAUUUUGUUCAGUUAUUUCUCUUCUUAUGUGCAAUAAGAAAAGUAACAUCAUUUAAAUAAUGUAUUAUUUGGUCUGUUAUUAAUAAGAAUUUAAGAUGCACGAUAGUAAUAAGUGUUUUGAGUUUACUUUAGAAGCUUAUAGUUGUAGAUUAUAAGCUGUCACAAAGUGGUGCCGUUUUAAACAACCCUUUGAUUAAU